UUUCUUUUGCAUAUUUUGGACUCUGACAAAUUUUGUCCCCUCUAUUUUUGUGCUGCGACAGAUUCUUAUUCCCAUCUUCAAUUUUGGUUGCUAAAUCCUUUCGGCUCUUUCUAAAGAACUGAUAUUAUUCCUAGCUAGUCAACGAACCCACCCUUCUUCUCUAAUGGCUUCGCCGGCAAAUAUAGCCGACGAGCCAUUAACUCCGGCGGGCCGGUUAUUUCUUGCACCAGAGAUGAGUACCAUAAUCCAUUGUGUGCUAGGCGUCAAAGACCCUAUCGACAUAGACGCAAUAAAAACAACCAUAAAGAACUCUCUAAUGGUGAAGCAACCAAGAUUCUGUAGUCUUCUUGUGCGUGACGGGAAUGGAGUCGAACACUGGAGAAGAACAGAGAUUGAUAUUGACAACCAUGUUAUACUCGUCGACAGCACAGAGAUAGAUGACGAUGAUGUUGAUGUUGAGAAAGCAGUGAAUGAUUACGUAGCUGAUUUAUCUGUAAGUACACCGCUCAGUACUGAUAAACCUUUAUGGGAGAUUCAUAUUAUGGCAGAGAAAAAGUGUGCCAUAUUAAGGAUUCAUCAUGCUCUUGGAGAUGGUAUUUCGCUGAUGUCUAUGUUGCUGGCUAGUUGUAGAAAAUUGGAGGAUCCGGAGGCGGUGCCAAGGCUGGUGACGGGUGGUGGUGGUGGCCGGAGGGGAGGACGGAAAGGGAAGGAUUGGAGAAGCGUUUUAAUAGAGUUCUUGAAGAUGGUCUUUUUUAGUUUAGUUUUUUGUUUGGAGUUUGUUUUGAGGUCUUUGUGGGUUCGUGACCGGAAAACGGUGAUCUCUGGCGGUGAUGGGGUGGAGCAGUGGCCGAGGAAGGUGGCUACUGCUAAGUUCUCGAUUGAGGACAUGAAAAUGGUGAAAAAUGCUGUUGCUAAUGCGACCAUUAAUGAUGUUCUUUUUGGGGUAAUAUCAGCUGGACUGUCAAGAUACUUGGAUCACCGCUCGCCAAAUUCUUUGCGAGAUGGUCAACGACUAACAGGAGUAGCUAUGGUUAAUCUAAGGCAGCAACCUGAGUUGCAGGAUCUGACAGAGAUGACAAAAGGCAAUUCAGGAUCUGGUUGGGGUAAUAAAUUUGGCAUGUUUCUUUUGCCAACUUACUACUAUAAAGGUCUUGAGCCUUUGCAGUAUGUGAAGAGAGCUCAACCAAUGACAAGCAGGAAAAAGAAGUCACUGGAGGCUCACUUCUCUUAUCUAAUUGGGGAUCUUGUAAUGACCUGGUUAGGAUCAAAGGUUGCUACCAUGCUUAAUUACAGGAUUGUCUGUAAUACCACCUUUACAAUCUCCAAUGUGAUCGGACCAAAAGAGGAGAUUACUAUUGCAGGCAACCCUAUAACAUAUAUAAGGGUCAACACAUCUGCCUUACCUCAGGCAGUGGUAAUGCACAUGGUGAGUUAUGCAGGAAAAGCUGACAUGCAAAUUAUGGUAGCCAAAGACAUAAUUCCUGACCCAGAAUUUCUUGCAAAAUGCUUCGAAGAUUCGUUGAUUGAAAUGAAGGAAGCAGCUGCAGUCCCUAUAUGAAAAAUCUACUAGAAUAGAUUUGACUGUAUUGUCCAACAUAAUUGGUUGUUCGAAUUCCUGACAAGAUAAUAUAAGCAUAUUUGUACAAGAAAAUAAUAUGAUGAAUUGGCAAUGCCAAUUUUACUGUUGAAGAAAAUAGAGAGGUUGCUGGAAUUGAAAAUGAAAAAACACUCAAUGAAUUGAUAUGUAGUUUAGUAUUAGACGUGGUUCUUGCUUUAUUGAUACUGUAAUUAAAAAUUGAUAUUUUUAUACAUAUUUUUUAAUAUUUAA